AUGGCACGUUUGGGAAGGGAAGCCACACAAAAUGAGUUCCUUUACGAUGAUCGUUGGACCAAAGAGGUGGAGAACCUGUUCAUAGACCUCCUUGUAGAGGCACAUUUUGGUCUUGAAUGGAGACAUGGCAGACCAGGUUCACAUGUAUUCGCCUACUGCCGUGGUGUAUUCGCCUAUUGUAGGAACACAAACUUACAGAGAAGUCGUAGCCCCCCAGUGAAUUUUUUGCCUCUUCUGCACCUCACUCACAGAUCUUCUUUGACAUUCUUCUGUGGGCCAAAGACGACGAUGCUUUAUAAUGUGGCAUGUUGUAAUUAUUUGGUCACUCAAGCAAACAACGUCGUAUUGGGGUUGAGGCUACUUUAG